CUCGAACCGAGCGGUUCUACAGAGCAGGGUGUAUGUUUCUUUAUUUCGGAGCCGAGUAUCUCGGGUGGUAAAAUAACCUUUAACUUUAUCAUUUUCAUUGUUAUUCAUUGUUUUUACUUGUGACAGUUUUUUACGCGGGAAGUUUUAUUAUCAAAGUGACUUGAGUUGACUAAUUGUGUCAACUGUUUGUUGUUUAUUUUUAUUAUUUACGUGAGCAUCGAACUGAUGGUAUUUUAUUAAACACGGAUCUAUUUCGAUGAGGAAUCAGCAAAUUGGUGAUGAAUCUAUUCGGAAUAAAGAAAUAACUUCGGUAGCAACAUUUCGAUUUAUUGAACGAUUAUAGAAUUGAAAGGAAAUUAUCGAGAGAAGGGAACUGAAAAGAAUAAUCAGAAUCGAGGAAUUCUUAUUCAGGGAAUAAGUGUCAACUUGAAAAUAGAUGAUCCAAUUCAAAUCUGUUCCCGGAGCCGCGAAUCGGUGCAGCAGCCUCGUACCCUCAGGGGUACGAUAGAUUCUUGAAAGCCCCCAGCAUCAAGAUAAAGUCAGUGACGUUGCUGCCACAAAAUGAGCAGGAACGGGCCCUGCCGCUAGUGGUGGAAACCGCUGUCACCGUACAAGGGCCUCCCUGGCUGAAAGGGGGCCCCAAACACGGCCCCCCAACGGGCCCAGCAGAUGCUCCAUUAGACGAGGCAUCGUUGCGGGCCAGCAGUUCAGAUCGGAGAGAGUCGCUCGAUCCGGAGAGUCGGGCCAAGAAGGCCCGUCGAUCCCUCAAGUAUCUGAGAGAUCGAUCAGCCGACGAAGAUAGCCAUCAGGCGAGUGGGAACCCUCCGAAAGUUGGAGCGACGGCAGUAGCUUCGAAUAGGAGACGUAGCCAUUCCUGCAGGAGACAAAAGGGCAAAUGUUCCCAGAAGAGGACAUUGCCGGUUCCAGUGCAUGCUGAAAAUUCAUCACGUCGGAAGAGGACGGAAAGGUCGCGGGAGCGUGUAGAGUCGCCGGAAGUGAGUAAUCUUCGCGAGUGUUGCGUUUUAGUGAGCAGGGAGGAUCCGAGCGAGCAUCCCAUUAGUAAUCUCGCUUGGACGAAUAAUAUCGCGAGUGUCGAGCCCGUUUUGGUGCAUCAGAGUGAAUGGAUUGUGAGGUGUCCGCCUUAUCAGGAGGGCAAUAUCAUUGGGCCUAAGCGCCUCGGCAAGUUCGCCAAUAUUAUUGACAAUUCGAACGAGGCUAUUAAGGACGUGAAUAAAAAAGUGUUAGCGAUGGCGAAAGCGAUGACACCGACGUGGUCGCUCAGACUCCUUGGUGUUAGUUGUGGUUCGGUGGUUUGUGCUUGGGGACUGCUGCUGAUCCUGUCAGUUCUGGGUGGCGCGACUCACAACACGGGAAUCGGAAGCUUUGGUCUUGGCACCUCAGCUGAGGAUGGUAUCAACAGCGCGAGUUGUCCUGGGGCCUGUAGCUGCGUGGGACAUAAUAUCGAAUGCUCCUAUCGUGGACUCACUCAAGUUCCGGGGGACCUGGCCACCAUGCUCUCUGCCGAAAAAUUAGACCUGCAAGGGAACAAUAUUUCAGUUAUUUUCAAAACUGAUUUUGAGGACAUGGCAACACUUCAUGUUCUACAUUUAUCUCACAAUCAAAUCCACACAAUAGAAAAAGGAGCAUUUCAAGAUUUAGUUGGAGUGGAAAAAUUGCGACUAAACAACAACCAGAUUCGUUUUUUACCCGAUUUGCUUUUCAGCAAUAUGAUGAAUCUCAAGAGGCUGGAACUUAAUCAUAAUCAGAUUACUAUGAUUGGACCCAAGACUUUGAGAGGCAUCUCUGCACUGAAGCAUCUAAUACUAGACGAUAAUAUUCUGACAUGCAUCGACGAAGGGGCAAUUCGAGAAUUAAAGGAUUUGGAAAUUUUAUCACUGAACAAUAAUAAAUUAACAACACUCGGAAAGGAAAUGUUGAAUGGUCUGUCAAAUCUACGAAGCUUGAGGGUCUCGGGAAAUUCUUUGGUUUGCGAUUGCCAUUUAAGCUGGCUUUCACGACAUCUUAGAAAUUUUCCACGUCUCACGCAGAACAUGAAAUGUUCCUCUCCCGCUCAUCUUAGAGAUCACAACCUUGGGGAAUUACAGGAACAUGAGUUCAAGUGCUCCGGCCUAAUAGAGCGAUCAACUUCUGAGUGUAAUGCCGAACCGCAGUGUCCCAAUCCCUGCAAGUGUUCCAAUAAAGUCGUCGAUUGCAGAGAAAAAUUAUUGACUAAAGUUCCGACACAUUUGCCCGAAGACACUACGGAAUUACGAUUAGAGCAGAAUGGAAUUACGGAAAUUCCUCCCAAGGCUUUUUCUCCAUACAGAAAAUUACAAAGAAUAGACUUAAGUCACAAUAAAAUUAAAAAAGUCGCUGCCGAUUCUUUUCACGGACUGAAAGCCCUGGAAACAUUAGUUCUUUAUGGAAACAAAAUCAAAGAAUUGCCCAGUGGACUUUUUCACGGACUGACCAGUUUGAAACUACUGCUGUUAAACGCCAAUGAGAUAUCCUGCAUUUGGACUGACCUGUUUCGAGACUUGACUAGCCUUGAGCUUCUAUCCCUUUACGACAACAAUAUCAAGUCUCUCAGCAAUGGAACCUUUGCACACCUACGCAACAUCAAAGUCAUGCAUUUGGCGAGGAACCCAUUUAUUUGCGAUUGCAAUCUACGAUGGCUGAGUAAUUAUUUACACGAGCAUCGAAUUGAAACUUCUGGUCCUCGAUGUGAGUCGCCGAAGAAAUUGAACAAUAAAAAGAUCGACAUGGUUCGAGAUGAAAAGUUCAAAUGUAAGGGUGAUCAAGAACUUCUGACAAAGAGAGCUGGUGAAUGUAUUCUUCCUGGAUAUUGUCCUUCUCCGUGCACUUGUAACGGAGCUACGGUUGAUUGCUCAGGAAAAAAUUUAACAUCAAUCCCAAAAGAUCUUCCAAUCUACACUUCUCAUUUAAUCAUGAGGAAUAAUUCGCUCGACAAAAUAAAAGCCGAUGGACUCUUUGAGAAAUUACCAGACUUGCAGCAUUUGGAUUUAAGGAAAAAUAAAAUUACUCGGAUUGAAGCGUCUGCCUUUCAAGGAGCUCCGAAAAUCUCCGAAAUACUUCUAUCCGAGAACAAAUUGAGAGAAAUUCACAAUAAAAUGUUCACUGGUCUAUCUAGUCUCAAAAGCCUAAAUGUGGAUUUCAACACCAUUACUUGCAUAAUGCCGGACGCAUUUAAAGGACUACCUCAUUUACGAUCCAUCAACAUGCAAGGAAAUCCUUUAUCUUGCAAUUGUCAUCUUGCAUGGUUCGCGGAAUGGCUCAAAAAACACGACAUUAUAAACGUUACUGGAAGUUGUCACGAUCCUCCACGAUUGAAAAAUGCAGUUAUUAGAGACAUUCCUCAUCAUGAAUUUAAAUGCACUAGUGAUAUUCUUGGGUGUUUGGGAGAUGACUACUGUCCUCCCCAAUGCAACUGUGCUGGAUCUGUCGUGAGAUGUUCGAGAUCUCGUCUCACUGAAAUUCCACGUGGAAUUCCACCAGAAACUACUGAGCUUUAUUUAGAUGUAAACGAUAUAACAACUAUUCAACCAGAGAGAUUAAGUCAUCUUAGAAUUCUAAUAAGGCUAGACUUGAGCAAUAAUCAAAUUUCCGUUUUAUCAAACGAUACGUUUAAAAAUUUAACAAAUCUAGUAUAUUUAAUUAUUAGCUACAAUAAAUUGCAGUGCGUUCAAGAGAACGCUCUUUCGGGAUUGAAGUCUUUGCGAAUACUAUCUUUGCACGGAAAUGAAAUUUCCGUCAUUCCAGAAGGUGCUUUCAAGGACUUGAAAUCACUCACUCAUCUGGCUAUAGGAGCGAAUCCCCUUUAUUGUGAUUGUAGUAUGCGAUGGCUGGCAGAGUGGGUUAAGAAAGACUUUGUGGAACCUGGCAUUGCUCGCUGCAUGGAACCGCCGUCAAUGAAAGACAAAGUUCUACUGACAACGGCAGCAAAUAUAUUUUUAUGUAAAACCAAACAGCAACCAGCAGAGGUCCUGGCUAAAUGUGACUUGUGUUACACUGCCCCGUGUGAAAACGGAGGAUUUUGCGAGGCGCUACCAGAUAGACAAUUUCGUUGCAAGUGUGCACCAGGAUAUCACGGAGAAAGGUGUGGAUAUAAAAUCGAUGCGUGCUAUGGAAAUCCUUGCCGGAACUCCGGAACUUGCCAAGUACUGGAAGAAGGAAGAUUCAGUUGCAACUGUUCUGCCGGCUACGAAGGACUUCGGUGUGAAAACAACGUCGACGACUGCACGCACAACAAGUGUUCUAAUAACGCAACUUGUGUUGACCUCGUCGAGGCCUACCGGUGCGACUGCGCCUCUGGAUUCAUGGGACAAUAUUGUGAGGCGAAAAUUCCCUUCUGCACAAAAGGACAUGAUCCCUGCGAAAACGGAGGACGUUGUGUCGAUCAUGGGACCCACUACAGCUGCGAGUGCCCAGUCGGAUUCUCCGACUCUAACUGCACCAACAAUUUGGAUGACUGCAGCGAUAAUUUGUGCCAGAACGGUGCUACAUGCAUCGAUGGUAUAAAUAGUUACGAAUGUAAAUGUGCGCCGGAUUAUACGGGGAGGUACUGCGAGAUUGCGCCAUCAACUGCCAUGCUGUACCCUCAGACCAGUCCGUGUGCUCAUCACGACUGUCAGCAUGGCGCUUGUUUUCAACCUUCUUCUUCGGCCGCGGAUUAUCUCUGCCAGUGCCACCCCGGCUAUACCGGUAAACGGUGUGAGUACCUGACAAGUCUGAGCUUUGUGGAUAACAGCUCGCUGGUCGAGCUUGAGCCGCUUCGUACCCGACCCGAAGCAAAUGUGACCAUCAUCUUCACGACCACUCAAGAAAACGGAGUUCUCCUUUACGAUGGACAAAAUGGCGAGCACAUAGCUGUUGAAUUAUACAAUGGGAGGGUGCGAGUAUCCUAUGAUGUUGGAAAUUAUCCCACCUCGACCAUGUACAGUUAUGAAAUGGUGUCUGACGGAAAACCGCACAUGGCCGAGUUAAUUGCAAUAAAGAAGAAUUUCACCAUGCGAGUAGACAAAGGUCUUGCGAGAAGCAUUAUUAAUCAAGGCCCCAAGGAAUAUCUAAAACUCACCACACCGAUGUACAUCGGAGGCGUCGUCUCUGAAGUCGCCAGUGUGGCGUUUACAGAAUUUCAUCUCAGAAACAUCACCAGCUUCCAAGGGUGCAUUUCGGAGAUGUGGAUCAAUCACAAGUUAGUCGACUUUAGUAAUGCAGCUAAAAUGCACGGCAUUGCACCCGGCUGCACUGCUGGGGAAGAAGAAGCCGAUGAGGCCAGCAAGGACAUUAUUGAAGUCGAGACAAUAAACAGUGACUUGAAGGAAGAUUCUGUGCCACAGGAACGUGUUCUUCAUGAAGAUUCUGAUUACAGCGUUAUAAGUCCUGUAGCUGUCGAUCCAUGUCUUGGGAAUGACUGCAAAAAAGGUUCACAAUGCAUACCUUCAUAUGGAAACACUUACACAUGUCGAUGUCAACUUGGAUGGUACGGCCAUUAUUGUGAAAAAGCACCAACUUGUCGAAAAGAACAUACUCGCGAGUACUACAGUGAAAAUGGGUGUCGAAGUCGUCGCCCAGUGAAACUCGCCAAGUGCUGGGGAAGUUGUGGAAAUGCUUGUUGUCUACCACGAAAAACCAAACGACGCAAGAUUCGGCUAAUUUGUAAUAAUGGUACACGAUACACAAAAGACGUUGACCUAGUGCGUAAGUGCACAUGCUCUCGCAAAUGUUAUUAAACAUCAAGGAACGACAUCCUCCCUUCAUCGAACUUCCAGUUCUAGAGCAAUAAAAUCCUCUUGGAGACUUCCGCUGCUCGCCCUCUUUUCCUCAAGGAGAAUAACGUGCAUAAGGAUGGAUUUUUUGAAAGCGAUAAAAUGGAAAUGUUUUAAUCACGAAAGUGGUGAGAAUAGUGAAGGCACACGAUGGACACACACAGCCGGCUCAGUGUGAUAUUGUAUUAUUUAAAGAAAAACAUAUGUUAAUACAUAUAGGUAUAUUACUAUUGAUAUCAGCCAGCUAAGCGUAUUAGGUAAUCGUAAACGAUAUGUCUAGCCGUUUUUCGUCCCGAGGGAACGUAAGAACUAUUGUUUCACAAUGAAAGAACAUUAGACUUGCGCGCUCACGUUUCUGCGAAUUCCAACGGUGUAAAUGCUGUAAAUGGAUAAAAGUAGCGAAGGAAUUUUGCCUAAUGAAUGAAACGAUUAUAAGAAUGAAUUGUCUAAAAAAACGCCUUUUUAUUUCGUUAAGUUAUUGAAUGUUCACUGCCCAUGAACUUAAACAAUUUCUUCGUACUUUUCAUACGUUUAUCUCCGUAGACGCUUUGCGGUUAAUAUCUUUUUCUACAAAAAUGCUGACGAUGCUUCAAACGAACGCUGAAACAUCAGAUCAGUAAACACCGUCAACGGGGCGGGCUGUAUUUCAAAUACAUAGAUUUUUAUGCAAUCCAAUAUACAGAAUGUAUAUUAGAUUUAAAAAUGGCGUGUUUUUGAAAUACGCAUCGAUAUACAUAUAUUUUGUAUCAAUUGAAAUAUUUAAAUACUGCCAAGAAGAGUAUUGCGUAUAUUUUAUUUAAAUCCUUGAAAAACUUUGUAUGUAAUUUCAAAUCCUAUGUUCGUCAUGAAAAAUAUUAUUGGUAACUGUUGAAACACGUGAAUUCUACGUGUAUAUGACAAUAUUUAUGCGACAAAUCUAUAUUGCGCUUUAUUUUAGGAACGAUCCAAAAAGAAAAAAAAACGAAAUCUGUAAACUUUUAUAUCCCGAAUUUUGCAAUUACCUUUUAAGGUAGGAAACGCAUUUAUUUUAUUGUUUCCUUUCUUGAAACCGAUUGUCUGUAUACUGUAUAUUUUCUUCAUUGUGGUUAAUCUAUUCAAUAUAAUAUUUGAUAAAAACAAA